UCUUGCAACAGUGUAACGUGGAUACAGCUAACAAAAUGUACAUCCCAGUUUUUUUACUUUUGAUUCUACGAGCAUGUGCCGCUCAAGUGACGACCUACGAAACGGACAUGAAUUUCCGAGUAGAGCCAGGCGACAGAACAUGUUUCUUCGAGAAGGGGAAAGCCGGUCAGAUUCUCGAAGCUACGUACCAAGUGAUCGACGGACAACAUGGAGAUCUGGACAUAUCGUUCGAUGUCGUGGCGCCCGAUGGGCGAGAACUAGUUUCAGACUACAAACAGCCCUACAACUCGCUUAUAAUGGAGUUGGAGCAGGACGGGGACUAUGUGUUCUGCUUGGACAACACAUUCAGCGUGAUGAACUCAAAGUUAGUGUUUGUGUCUGUGAUGAUAGAGGAUAAAGUUGCUGAGGCAAUUGAGAAUGCAACAGAGCCCGGAGUUGGUGUAGUGGAACAAAAAGAAGUCUUAGAGUGGACGGGCACAUUGCCGAACGGGGAGGUUUACUACAUCGAGGUGGCGCAUAUUGCAGAUUCGCUCACGCGCACCCUGAAGCACGUAGUGCGCGCGCGCCAUCUGUUGGACAUCUACGGAGCGAGCAAGUCGCGCGACACCUACGCGGCGUUCGAGGACACCUUCAUCGUCGACCUGUGGUCCGCCUUCCAGAUCACCUUCAUGUGUGCCGUCGGAACGCUUCAAGUUUACAUGAUAAAGAAACUGUUCAAUAAGUCUACUAAAAAUGUGAAUAGCUUCUAUUAGGUAU